AUGGUUAUCCACCGCUGGAAUGUGAAUUUCAGCACUAGUGACAGCUCCCUUUUAAACUUGAGCACAAAUAUGAGCUUCCUAGAACCCGUGGUGCCACAGCACCCAUCCGGUUUGAGUAGGGCUGGCCACACGGUGGUGGCAGUAUUCCUUGGACUCAUCUUCAUUCUCGGAGUCCUGAACAAUUUCCUCGUUCUCCUAAUUUUCGCGAAGUUUCAGUCGCUCAGGACGCCCAUCAACCUGAUUCUGUUGAACAUCAGCGUGAGCGAUAUGCUCGUGUGCAUAUUUGGCACUCCGUUCAGCUUCGCCGCGAGCCUCCACGGACGAUGGCUCAUAGGACAUCAAGGGUGCAUGUGGUACGGCUUCGCCAACUCACUUUUCGGCAUCGUGUCCCUGGUGUCCCUGUCCGUGCUCUCCUACGAGCGCUACACCACGGUGCUGCGCUGCGCCAAGGCGGACGUCUCCGACUACAGGAAGGCCUGGCUGUGCGUGGCGGGGUCCUGGCUCUACGCCCUCCUGUGGACGGUCCCGCCCUUCCUGGGCUGGAGCAGCUACGGGCCCGAGGGCGCGGGCACUUCCUGCUCGGUGCAGUGGCACCGGCGCUCGGCCGGCAGCGUCUCCUACGUGGUCUGCCUGUUCGUCUUCUGCCUGCUGCUCCCCCUGCUGCUCAUGGUCUUGUGCUACGGGAGGAUCCUCGUCGCUGUUCGGGGGGUGACAAAGAUCAACCUGACGUCUGCGCAGAGGCGGGAGAACCACAUCCUGGUGAUGGUGGUGUCCAUGGUAACCUGCUACCUGCUGUGCUGGAUGCCGUACGGGGUGGUGGCGCUGUUGGCCACCUUCGGAAGGAUGGGCCUGAUCGACCCCGUCGCCAGCAUUGUGCCCUCCAUCUUGGCCAAGAGCAGCACGGUGUUCAACCCCAUCAUUUACGUGCUCCUGAACAACCAGUUUUACAGGUGCUUUGUGGCCUUCGUGAGGUGCCAGGCGGACCCCCUGUCCAGCCACACCUUCCACACUCAGCAGAGCAGCAGAGUGGAGGACCAUCCGCCCGCUAACAGCCACCAUCUCCACCCCCCGAAGGCUGGGCCCCUCCCUGGCAGGCAGGCUUCCUGCCCGGGGGGCCCAGCACGCUCUCAGACACAGCAGGGGGACAGCACCCUGAUCCUGGUGGUGCAUUACAUGCCCUGAGUUCCAGGGAGCGCCCAGGACAGAGACGGGAAGCCCCCACUCAACCCCACUGCACGCCCCCUUGGGGGUGGCCACGUGACUCUGAAUCACUACAUCAAAAGACAUGAGGAAGAUUCCUGGCUUCAAAAUCUGGUCACUUUGUGGGCCGUCUGGGGUAUGGGUAUGAGUCCUGAUCGUUGCAUUAGCGACUCCUACUGGUUGGUCGGGGCG